GCUGGCUCUGGCGCUCUGAUCCUCGCGUACGCGGCGCUAGCGUUAUCGAACGCGCCGCAGCGAUGGAGCGCCCAGCGGCGCCGGUCGAAAUGCCAGGGAUGCGGCUGCCCCGCGGCCUCCUCGCCUUGUACACUUUGGGCGCCCUGGAGGCCGCCGUCCCGCUCGUCGCCCAGGUCCAGUGGCUCGACGCCCAUGGCGUGGGGCAGGCGCAGCAGCUGCGCGUCUUCGCGCUCGGUUAUGCGUGCUUCUCGCUGCGGCCCGUCUACGGCGCACUCGCCGACGCGCUCGCGACGCGCUACGGGGCGCGGGGGCGCGUCCUGGCCUACGUCGCGGCGAGUUUCGGCGGUGUCCUGUGCCAUUGUACGCUCGCCGUGACAAGGUCCGUCGCAUCCUUCGCGGUCGGCUAUGCGCUCCUCUGCGCGUGCCAGGCCUGUGCCGAGACGUGCCUCGGGGCGCGGCUGGCGGACGUCGUGGCUUCAGGAGUCGGCGCGGGCCGCGCCCAGGCCGAGGCUACCGCCGCUCGUUGGCUCGGGACGCUCCUCGCUUCAUGCGUCGGCUUCGCGAUGUACCGUUGCGAUCACGCGAUACCGUCGCCCGCCACCGCGUUCCUCGCCGCCGCGGCGUGCCCUUUGGUCGGCGUCGUUGUGGCACUAACAGCAUCGGACACGACACCAAUCUCAAUGAAGCGCGACGCGCAGUCGCCGGUGCCGCUUUUGAUAGCUGUGCAGGUCGCGUGCGCGUGGGUGUCGGCCAAAGGGGCGUUGGCGACGACUAUCUGGUGCGUCAGCGGCGCGGGCCUCGCCGUCGUGUUCAUUGCUGUCCUCUGCUACCGUCGUAAGACAACCGCGCUGGAGGAGCCCCUCCUCGCGGCAGAAAAGCCGGGCCUCUGGCGCGCCGGGCCCUUCCUCGUCGCCGUCGCCGCGGCGCCGUCCGCCUCGGAAGUCCUCGCGAACGUGCGCUACGAGCGCUUCCAGGGUCGUCCUUGCGUCCUGCCCCUCGUGAAUGCGGGCGGGGCCCUCGCGGCCAUGAUCGUGUGCCUGGUGUGCGUCCGGCGGCCGCCCGCUACUCGAAAAGCGGCCGCCGUCGCGGUUUUCGUCGCGGCCGGAGCGCGCCUCGCGCAGCUGCCCGCCGCUCGGAACGUCGUUUACGCGACGCUGGGCAACGUCGUCGACAGCGCCGGCGGCGCGCUGCUGGGCGUGGCGGCGACGACCUUUGCCCUGAAAGCGGCGGCGGGGUCGGAGCGGCGCGGCGCGGUCUACGGGGCUUAUCUUGCCGCCUACGACUCCGGCGGCGCCGCGAGCGGCUGGCUGGCCGUAUUUCUGGCGACGAAAUGCCGCACGGAGCCCGAUCAUCCGGCGUCCGUGCGGCGCUACCUCUACGUCGCCGCGGCGGCCUCUCUUAUACCGUUGGCGUUCCUGCCAUUGGUGCCCGUGCCCGAACCUCCUCGCGAGGAGUCGUCCGACGAGUCGUCGGACGACGACGUGUCCCUUGUGUUGUAACUUGACUUAGUAGAGCCCGCGAGUGUCGAG